UGUUCGACGACCGUUGACCAAUUAAAAUAAUUUAAAUGUGCCAUAAAAGGGUUGCGUCGGUCAACCCUAAACAAAAGUUUAAAUGUCACAGUGUAAACAAAUUCCUUGAGUGCGCGUUUUUUUCUUCCUGGAAAAGAGAGAUGAGCCACCACUGCCCUCUGGACAAGGAAAAGUAUCCACUGAGCACCCAGAUUCUCAAUUACUACUUGCAGUAUGGGCGGAACAGGAAUUUGGAGAGGUAUCUCAAGCCAGCGCGCUCGAAGUCCUCCAGCGAGGGAAGUCUCUCCGUGGCUACAAAUAAAUACGUGAGCCAACUGACCAAAUCCUUGGAGAAUCUCAAUGUGAUCCACAAUCUUGCGGAGCAGAAGGCUCAGUCAGACAGUGAGGGUCGUGACCAGGAAAAGCCUCCCGAGGACGAAGAAGUGAAAACGGCCAAAGAGAAGGAGCCAGAAUCUGGUCGAAGGAAGGGAAAAUAUCAGUUCGUUAUCGAUUCCAAUGUCAACAUUACCAUUCCAUUGAACCCACUGAAUCCCCCUCAAACAGUGGAUGCCAGGCAGCAGACUGAGGCUCUGCCCAGCACCAGUCAUCAGCCAAUUGAGAGCAUGCCAGCUCGAGAGAUGCCAUUGGAGAGAAAACAGCCCGUUUCCACGUCACCCACGAGCAGUGUUAUUUCCAAUAAACAGCGCCUCGAAUGGGACUCCUUGGCGGAUAUUGGCUAUGAGUACUGCAGCUUGACAGAGGCACAAAUGAAUGCCCAAGAGAAGGCGGCACUGAUGAAGUUCUUCACUGAGAGAGGACUGCAACUCAAUCAUCCUCUGAUUCUCCUGUCGCCAAAUCUUGCUGGUGUCAAGAAGAAGGAAAGCAAUGAGCAGGAGAAGAGAGAGAAACCCCAGAAAGCCAUCACGAAGAUCAACUUCAACGAAGGCAGUUUUGUCCAGAGUACUCCACUUCGUCAGCCAGUCGAAGAGAAAUCAUCUCAAACAAUAGAUAAGGAAUUCCUCAGCAAAUCUGUCCAAGCGGAGAAAUCUGCACUGCAGGAGCAGAAUUCAGAUGAACAAACGCCCAGAGAACUCACUGAUUUGCAAGAGACUCGAGGAAGUUUUGAGUUUUUCGCUCCAGCGUUAGUGAAAGUGCAGAAGAAUAAGGAGAAUAUUUCUCCGUCAUCUUCAAUUCGCAGCGCCGUGAGCAGAAAUAGUACAGGAGAGGAAUUAAAAGCGCACAUCUCUAAUUAUCUGGCCUCAUCAAAGACUGAUGGAGAUGAUUUCCAGCGAAGCCUUCACAAGGCCACAUCCUUGAUUUCCCUCUUACUGGACUCCAAAUCAAUCUCAUCGGGCACGAAGAAGGAAUUGGUGAAGAAGAUCUUCGAGAAGCUGGAGAAGAAUUACAGGAAGAGUCUUUCAAACACAAGAAGUGACAUUUCAACAAACACUUCAGGCCAAUCGAAUUCACAGCACUCACGAAAAUUCUACGUUGAUGAGUACCAGAAAUCUGAGUUCCUCAAGGAGUGGCUCAAGCCUUUGACUCACUCUACUGGCGAGUACGAACCUCCUAAGAUUAUGGCGCAAUCUCAACCAGUAUCGGAAAGUUCCCUGAAAUCCCAUUUAUCUGAUAAGAACGACGACUCGAAGGUUUCAAGGAAAUCUUCAGCCAAGUCUUCAGCAAAGUACAGCGUAAACGGAAAUGGCGAGGGAAUAUCGAAGGAGAGUCUGGCUAAAGAGUUGCAACUCUUGCGAAUCGACCAGGAGAUUCAGCAUCUCAAUGAAAUCAAGAAGAUGAUUGUGGAAGAGCGGUCGAAGAAAGCUACAGUAGUGGAUGAUCCAAGUUUCGGCCUCAGAGAUUCGACGCAGAAUGAUGGCGAGUCUAUUCUUUCGCUUACUGGAGCCUCGUCCUGGAAUUCUCACUGCAAUAUGAAGCAAUUUGUGAAGAAUCGCUCGAAGCUCAAGACUCCUUCCGACAGAUCAACGGAAGGCCGAGGCGACAUCCCGAACAGCAACAAUGUGUCCAGUGUCUCAAGUGGGAAGUACUACUCUGAGCCUGUGGAAUUGAAUUAUCAGGGAAAAGUGGCAUCAAAAACUAAAAAUGCCAUCACACCUCACUCAACAACCUUCUCCAGCCUCUCGUCCGACUCUCGAGACCUCCCAUCCGGCACCAGGGCGACAAAGAGCACCUUGAAAAGCGCCCAAACGCAGACGUAUGAUUCAAUUGGCCGUAUCAAUAAUGCAGUGAUGAAUAGGCAACAGCAGACGAAACUCGAAUCAAUUGCCUACAUAAUAACACUGGACAGAGGGGCGGUCAGCAGAGUGAAGCACGUGAAGGAGUACUUGGAGGAGAAUCGGCCGGAGUUUCUCUGUAGUGCCAAUGAAAGGAAAAAUCAAAUUGAAUUACAGAGGCAAGAGCGACACAGGAGAAAUGAUGAGAGGGAAAAGUUGCUGAAAGCCAAAACUCUUCCUAUGCACAAAUUACAUUCACUAUUAAAGCCGCAGCGACACUCACCCAAGAGCAACUCUUCUGUUGUCUACAAGCAGAGAACGAGGCGAAAGUACAACAAUCUGGAGGAGCAAGUGCGAAAGAGGGAGUUGCAGAAGACAAAAACCUACAAAGAGAACAUUAAGAUGAUUCAAUUGAUGUUCAAUAAGAACCUCCAGAGAAAGGCUCUUCAAGGAGAUACGAAUAUUCCGCAUAGCAAGCCAAUAAUCAAGUCUAUCUAAGGUAAAUUUACC